AAAUCCAUCAUGGCUUCCAUGUGGAGGGUCACGCCAAAAAAUUUUCAUUCGAGAGAAAGUACCAAGAUUUUAUACCAGAUAUUCUGCAGAGAAUGUUCUUAUAACAGGCAAGUGACGGCGGCUAGUUGUGUAGUGUGUAAGCCAUGGAGACACCAGGAUAGUUUUACAUGUCAGGUGAGAAGCUAUUCUGAUGGACGGAAAGGUUUCUUUGAGAAUAUAUAUGAAAAUCUUAAGGAAGGAUUUUCAAAAGACAAACAUUUAAAUGAAAAUUUGAAGAAAUUUCGACAAGAAAAAGAGAAGUUAGAAAGUUCAGAUGCCAUAAAGAAAGCAAGACAAAAGUUUGAAAAUAUUGGUAUGGAGUCAGACACAACAGAAACUUUUAAAAAAGGAAUAAAAGAUGUGAAAAGUAAAGUUUCAGAGACACUAGAAGAAGUUCAGAAGUCAGAUUUUGUGAAAAAGGGUAUGGAAGUGACAGGAGAACUGGGUAAAACUGUUGGCAAGGCUGGCGAAACUGUGAUAGAACAAGGAAAGAAGUUAGGUGAAAGUGCUACAGUGCAGACCGUUUCAAAGGGAGUUAAAGCUGUAAAAAAAGAAUUUGAUGAAACUGCAUUAUCAAAAGCCAAGCACUAUAAACCACCAGAAAAAUUACGCAUGAGGUCAGAUAGACUGGAUCCAUCAGAACGAGACUCGCGGAUCUUUGAACCAGACAAUGAGACAGUUGGUGUAGUUUUACAUAAAGAUUCUAAAUGGCAUGAAAGUUGGCAGAAUUUCAAAGACAACAAUGAAUUUGUAAAUAAGGUUUUUGAUUUAAAGAUGAAGUAUGAUGAAAGUGAUAACAUAGUGGUACGAGGGACACGAUUCUUCACAGAUAAAAUAUCUAGUUUAUUUGGUGGAAUGUUUUCAAAAACAGAGAUGUCAGAAGUGUUGACAGAAGUUUGUAAAAUGGAUCCAGAUUUUGAGCCAGAAAAAUUUGUACGAUGGUGUCAGUAUGAUGUAAUUCCAAAUCUUUUAGAGGCAAUGGCUCAUGGUGAAGAAGAAGUUUUAAAAGACUGGUGUUAUGAAGCUCCAUUCAAUGUUCUUAUGCAUCCAAUCAAGACUGCAAAAAGUAACGGCCUCCGGAUUGACAAUAAAAUAUUGGAUGUUAGUAAUGUAGAUAUUGCUGCUGGUAAAAUGAUGGAACAGGGGCCAGUUCUUGUGAUAAGCUUCAAUGCUCAACAAACAAUGGUAGUCAGAAAUGCCAAGGGGGAGGUAGUAGAGGGAGAUGAUGAUAAAAUCAUGUGGGUAACGUAUGUGUGGGCUCUGUGUCGGGACAUGGAAGAAUUAAACCCAGAUGCUGCCUGGAAAUUACUUGACAUCUCCAUGCAUUCUCAGGAACAGUGGUUAUAACCAGAACAAAAACAUAAGCAUCAUACUUCAUCAGUAAUUUAUAUCAACAUCAUCUGUAUUUUCUGUAUUGACUAGAGGCAAGCCUGUGAUUGGAGCAUGUGAAACACAGAAGUCUAUUUUAGACUGAGGGAGUUAUGACCGACUGACUGUUGUGAAUUGAAGACCGAGUCUUCAGUAAAGCUGUUUGAAAACCAAGGACAGAAGUAACUUAAAAUCAUGCAAGAAGUGAAAAUGGGAUUUGUUUGCAUAAAAAAUUAUUUGAGUAAAGUUAUAAAUUGUUAAGGUCUUUAUUGUCUACAUUUACUGCUUAGAUGCUGAUAAGUGAUGGCAUUGAGGAAACAUGAUUAAAUGUGCUGUAACUUCAAUAGAAAUUUUCAUUGGGAAAUUGUAACAUUAUGAUGAGGCACUAGAAUGAGCUGAGUCAAGUGUGACUUGUCCAUUCCAUUGACAGAAUUGACACAAAUGUUGGUACAUACGUAAAAUGGUGUUUAUUAAACAGAAUUAUUAAGAACUGACUAGUGUUACGUUCCAGAUCAGUGAAAUACCAGAGUUAUAUCGUUACUGUAUCCAAAGUAUGGAUGCAAUGGAACAUGAAAUAUAGAAAGAUUCCAUAGGCAUUGAAAGUAAAAUUAGCAACUGACUUAAAAAAAAAUACAUAGAUGGGAUAACAUGUCUUCUGUUUUUAGCAAAGCCUUCCAUUUAUUAAUGUUCUGGCUUAGAUCUGACAUUUUUACUGCAACAGUUGCGACAAGGGCGAGCAUGUUCAUUAUAUUCAGCAUUAUCAUUGGAAGAAUGGACUCGUGCCUCAUUUGAUAUGAGGGGGAAAAGUGUGUCAGAGAAUUAUAAUUGAUUUUAUGUGUGUUUUAGCUGAGUAUAAUAAGAUUAAUUUUGUUAUGGCUGAAACUGAUUAUCAGUAAAAGAAUAUUGAUUACAAGAACUUAUUGAAGAGUCUUCCAGUUCUGCUUUAAGCAAGCAGUGGAAAUAUGAGGCUGACUUUGAUUUCGCUUUUAUUAUGUCUCCAAGCACACAGUGGUGUGAGAGACAUACUGAUUUACUCCUAUCUGUGUGUGUGUCUGUCUGUCACAUAUCUUGUCCGCACUCUAAGUUGAACAUUUCUCAUUCGAUCUUCACCAGACUCGAACAAAAUGUCUUUGCCAAUAAGUCCUCGACCAAGUUCGAUAAGGAGCCAAAUCGCCCCAGGCACUUUGGAAUUAUGGCCCUUGAAACUUGUUAUUUGAUAAUCAAAGCACUGAAAGUCUGAUAAGGCAGUUGAGGUCUUGGUGCAUGGUUGACUCAUAUACUACUAUUCAGAUGAUUAGGCAGUUCUGGGAGAUAUGUGCUUUUCUCAAAAGCAGCUCUAGUUAACAUUAUUGAUAUGCUGUAAUACAUGCAUAUACAUAUGUAUCUGUAUUCCUCAUCUAUGUGGCAGAGUGUUCUAAAUAAAAUGUCAGUAGGAGACAUUCUUUUCUCACUUCACUUGUCUCGUGCUAGUCACUGACAACUUUACUAUGGUACAUCUUUAUAAUUUAAAUGUAUCUUUUUCAAUUUUUUCUGGGUAUAUGCUGUGCCAAAUAGCAUUUCAAAGAAAUGGCGUUUCUACAUGCAUUUUAUGACAUUAUUAUGUCUUUGAUGUCCCUGUUAAAGUUGCUUUGCAGUAUGUUUCUAGUUGAAUAAUGCAGUUUUCCAGAGUAGUUGUUACGUUAAAAAAGUACUCUAUCAACAACUCAGUUACUGCACCAUUUGAGUUGUGGUAAAAAGGAAAUCUCGUCCUUGGUGUGAGAAAAGCUGUAAAAAGACGUAUUUAA